CGCUCUGAACUGAGCUGAUCUGAUGGUGCUGCGCUGAAGCUCCGUCCUCCACUCUGCGCUGAGUCCAUGGAGCGCGAUGGCGCCGUUCCCCGAUGAGGUGGACGUGUUCACUGGGCCGCAUUGGCGGAUGAAGCAGCUUGUCGGCCUCUACUGCGACAAGCUGUCGAAGACGAACUUCUCCAACAACAAUGAUUUCCGCGCGUUCCUGCAGACGCUCUGUGCCACCUUCAAGGUGUUCAAGAUACACGAGCAGAUUGAGAAUGAAUACAUAAUCGACCUGCUGCAGCAGCGCAGCCGCACCAUCUACAAUGUGCACUCUGACAACAAGCUCUCUGAGAUGCUCUCGCUCUUUGAAAAAGGGCUCAGGAAUGUCAAGAGCGAGUGUGAGCAGCUGAACUAUGCACGGCAGCUGAAGGAGCGGCUAGAGGCCUUCACCCAGGACUUCCUCCCUCACAUGAAGGAGGAAGAGGAGGUGUUCCAGCCCAUGCUGAUGGAAUACUUCUCCUAUGAGGAGCUGAAGGCCAUUAAGAGGCAGGUGAUAGCACAGCACUGCAGCCAGCAGUGGGACAAGGCUGAGGAGGUGCUGAAGGGGUUAAAUCUUUGGAGCCAGGCUGAGGAGCUGCACAAGGCCUUCAAAUACUCAGACCACGAGAAGACUGAGGAUGUAGAGCGUGAGAAUCGCACAUACACACACAUCUCGGCCCUGCCGGAGGAGCUCUUGGUGCGGCUUUUCCAGUACCUGGGACCGGAGGACCUGUGCCGCUGCAGCCAGGUGUGCAGUACCUGGGCACAGGUAGUUAAAACGGGUUUGCUCUGGAGACACCUGUACCCAGUCCGCUGGGCCAGAGGUGAUUAUUACCGUGGCGCCCCGGGGGAGCUGGACCAGGAUCCAGAUGAGGAGUGGGUUCGGAACCUGCAGGAGGAAGGGCGAGCCUAUCAGGAGUGGGACGAGGAUGCGGAUGUUGAUGAAUCAGAAGAAGCAUGUGAGGAUUCUCUGGCCAUCAGUACAGUGCGCAGAGAGAAGAAGUUGUUGAAUGGAAUGAUCCAGAACCUUCUCCCAGCCGUGGGGCCGUCAGUACGCACCGUUAUCCUGGCUUACAGCGCUGCUGUCUCCAGCAAAAUGGUGCGUCAGAUCCUCAGCCUGUGCCCAAACCUUACACACCUGGACCUCACGCAAACUGAUAUCACAGAUUCAGCUUUUGACAGUUGGACAGAGCUGGGAGCAUGUCGCUCACUUGAGCAUUUGGACCUAUCAGGCUGCGAAAAGAUCACUGAUCAUACCCUGAAGAGGCUGUCCCUGGGAUUAGGUGACCUGACCAUACCCAAGAACAGCCCUGAGCGCAGAGCCAAGCUUCUGAAGGGCAUUUCCUCUCCCAUCAGACUCCUGGACGAGCACUCUGCUUAUGCAAUGGGACGCACCCGGCAGGCUCUCAUCUUUAAGCGGAGGCCUGGUGGGCAGGGCAUGGCCUGCAGCCCCGUUUGGGUUUUGGAUCCAGCUGAGCUGGCUGACAUCGAGGAUGCAGUUGAUUGGAGCAGACGUGGAGGUGUGUCUGCGCAAGACGAGGGGCAUGGCGGCAUUUUAGAGCUGCAGGCAGGAGGCGGGUCUUGCUGCUGCAGGAGAAGCAGGAGGCGGAGCUACAGGACUGGUGCUGAUGCUGGUUCCUCCUACUGGCAGCAUCUUUAUGGCUCUCUGCAGUGUGGUCAUUCUACGUGCUGCAGUUCAGACACUGCGAUCAGGACAGUGAGUGGAGCGCAGUGUGAGCCCCAGGCCACAGGGGGCAGCGAUGAAUUUCGGACUAAAUGCCUUUCUGAAGGCGACUCGAGGACUGAUCAGUCAGGAGCCUGUCGAGCUCUCAGGUUCCUCAGCCUGUCAGGAUGCUAUCAGGUCACAGAUCUCGGUCUGAGGUGUCUGUCUCAGGGAGGAGGGCUCCCCCUGCUGGAGCAUCUGAACCUCUCAGGCUGUCUGUUCAUCACUGAGGUGGGACUGCGGGAGCUGGUGUCUGUCUGCCCCUCACUCAACGACGAACACUUCUACUACUGCGAUAACAUCAACGGUCCCCAUGCUGAGACGGCUAGUGGAUGUCAGAAUCUGCAGUGUGGCUUCAGAGCCUGCUGUCGCUCUGGAGAGUGAUCAUUCCCCCUUCCCUCCUCCCUCCAAGUGUUUCUCUGUACUUUCAGUUGCUCAUUGCUGCUCUUUUCCCCUUUUAGUUUUCUCUUGUUUUUUCCUGCAUUCCUGCACACACCUCUGUCUUAAAACAGUGCUCCAGUGUUUUUAACCUAAUAUCUACCUUCCAGAUCUGUGUUGUACAGUCAAUUUCCACAGACUUCAAAUUCCAAAUUGUUUACCUGUACCUAGAAAACAACAGAGGACCUGUUGAUUUAAAACAAGAGAAGGCAUUGUUAAGUUGCUGAAUUCUGUGAAUGAAAGAUGUGACUAUAUAAUACCAAUUCCAAACUACAAACUUCAUACUUCUGGGGUUUGGGAUGAGACAGACAUAAGAAAGUUUUAUCAAACUUUUGAACGUUUGGAGUAUUACAGUAAGAGUAAUUCCAGUUAUUGUAGCUAUCCUGACUUCUGAUUCCACGGCAGCCAGCCUCAGCCUUUACACUGGUAAUGAAUUACCACAAUUACAUCUCUCUGAAAGAACAAAUUAUACAAGUUUAAUUGAUUUACAAAAACUUUUGAUUGAAUAAUUUAUGAAAGUGUUGUUUAGCGUAAACCUUUACUGACAGAAUUUAACAACUGCCCAAUUUAGUCAACAGAGUGUGCAGUUAUUUUCUAAUUUUUUUGACCGUACAGUACCAGUAGGCAGACAUUAGGUUGAAAAGAAGUUAAUAAUUCCUUUGAUUUUCGUCUUUCUCCUCCUCAUCUUCACUUCUGUUCCCUUGCAUGCUUUUCUUUGUUUUCUGUUUUUUUUUUUUUCCUCCCCCCCUCUCGUUCCUUCAUUCUCUGCUGUCUCCUGUCCCAUUGCACCUAAUCGUUUGCACUUUAAAUUUUGGAGUGCUCCUGGCUGUGCUCUGUCACGUGGGAUAGUCUCCAUCGAAAGAGAGAUGCUAAAUGGAGUUUUAAAAAAAGAUAAAAAAAGUGAAAUUCUUAGAGGCGCCAUCCUCGUCUGAGCGAUUGUACCGUUUAAAGAUAAUAUGUACAUUUUGUAGAUGAUUGAUGUGUUAUUGAAGUUCUUUGUUGCUUCGGGUUCAUCAUGUCAUGUUUGGGAUUUGGAAAGAGCAGGAUGCUGUUUGAUCCUAAUUUUGAGUGCUUCAAGGAAGUGUAACUUUCAGCACAAAGUUCUUGCAUCUUCAUUUUUGUUUUCUUUUUUUUUCGUGGCAGUAAUAGCUUACAAAGCUGUAGACCUAUCUGUAGUCUCUGCCUAGUGAACAUGUAUGACUCCCUACCCUGCCAUUACUGUACAGUUCCAUUGGCUUUGCUGCUUCUGUAAACAUGUGCUUGGCUUCCUUUCUCAUUCAGCCACGCAGACCUUGCAUAAGGAAGACCACUGGAGGGCACUUUGUCCUUGUACUUGGGUUAAGCUUGGUUUGGGAUUACAUUGCAUUGUCUGUUGUAAGUAAAUAAAUAUAUACGCAAACA